AUGGAAGAUCCAGUUGCCAACGAGGACGCUACCAUUUCGGCGCCAGAAACCGCUCCGGAGACAUCUGAAACCACACCAAGCGAUGAGCCAUCGUCUAGCGAGCCAGCACCGGCUGCAGCUCCAAUUUCAUCGCGUCGUGAUACGUAUAACAGAAAUGUUUAUAUUAUGCUCGAUGUAAACCAUCGAAAGGUCGAGCCACAAGACAUUAUCGAGUACGAGUGGCCCGUCAAAUCCGGCGAUCGCUGGUUUCUACAAGAACAAAUCGGAGAAUUGCUUGAUAUUAAGAGUUUUUCGAGAAAAUAUCCAGAUUUCACUCGCCGGAAGGUCAAUCAUGAGGAGCGGGAGUACUUGGAGUGGAACUAUGGUGUUCAUAAGCUUCUUAAUGAGACGCUGCUCCGCGACAUGAACGCGAUGCGUGCCAGCGAGAUUCACGACAUGAUGCAGUCGGAUUUCGUGGAUAUUUAUAUGGAGUACAAGAAGGUCGUGGCGCAAAGAGAACGGGAGGCUCAGCUCGAGAAGGCCAAAGAGAUGGAGGCGAUCAAAAACGACGCGGGAAAAUUGGCGGAACUCCGUGCGAAAGCGCUUCAAAGUGCCGCUGACUUCAAUAAAGAUCUUCAGAAAAUGCGAAGAAACGAGCGCAAACAUUUUUGGGAUAUUCAGACUAAUAUUAUUCAAUCGCGUCGCAACGCAUGGAAAGUGAUGAAACCCGAGGCGACUCGUCCGGGGCCCUACCCAGUGGCUCUAAUCCCCGGCCAAUUCCAGAAUUAUUACAAGAAAUUCACACCGGAUGAAUUGAAUCGUCUUCCACUCGGCACCGUCAUGAACACGGAUCAUCUGUAUCCUCCGCAACGUGACGCCUCUCCACCGCCUCUGACGAUCGCUGAAGUCGAUUUGAGUCGUCAGCAGAGAGAGGAGGCGAUGCGCGCGAGAGAGGCUGCUGUGUCGACGCACAUUAUGCAGAUUAAACAGGAAAUCCAAGAGCCGGCCGGCUAUGUCCCGCCACCGUUGGACCCGAAUCGACAGUGUGAUUCGUGUGAGAAGACCGGUGGAGAUAUGAUAUGUUGCUCCGUGUGCCAAAUCGUCUACCAUCCACGUUGCAUCGAAAUGCCCGAUCGAAUGGCGGCGCUCGUCAGAACGUAUGAAUGGAGUUGUGUCGAUUGUCGAGUCUGUUCGAUUUGUAAUAAACCGGAGAAGGAGAACGAAAUAGUGUUCUGUGACAAAUGUGACCGCGGCUUCCAUACGUUCUGCGUCGGACUCAAAUCUCUUCCACGUGGCACAUGGAUCUGUGACACGUACUGCUCGGAAACCAACAGAAAUCAAUCGAGACGAGCGUCGACGGCAAUCGGAGCGAGACGAUAA